CCGGAGUCCAGGCGGCCCCAGCUGGCACCUCGGGCGAGCGGCUCACCUGGAAAGCCGACGUCCACGUCCCGGCCUCGCUCGGCUCGCGCCGCCAGGAAAGGGAGGGGAGCGCCGGAAGCCGGCGCGGAGCCUGAGCGACAGCGCGGCGGCCCAAUAGGCGGCUCCGCUCGGGCCCGGGGCGCACCAACCGCCGGCGCGGGGGGCGGGCCCGAGGGGUGUGGGCCCGGGGGCCGCGGCGCGCGGCGGGGCAGUUGCCGCUUGUCAGGACGGUGGCCGCCGGCGCGGGGCGGGCGUGUGUUCCUCGGUCCGGGACGUCCGGGGCCCCGUAGAGAUGAGAGCGCGGGGGACGCAGGGCCGCGGGAGGCGUAGGUAACGGAGCCGGGGCGCGGUGGGGCCGCGGCGGGCUUCCUCCCGGACCCGCGCUGCAUGGAGAGGACCGAGGCGACGCCGGGCCCCGGCUCCUAGUGGCCGCCAGGCGAGGAUGUGCGGCGCCCGGGCGGCGCGGGGCGGCUGAGAGCCUUCGGGCCCCAGGACCCCCGGGGCCCGGGAUGAGGUAGCGAGGGCAGCCGCGGGGGCCAGUUCCGACUGCUGCAGGCCACGGCCGCCGCCCGCCCGUGCCUUCCGCGCCGGAGCCGCCAGCUCCCUCCCGCGCCCGCCCGUCUGCCUGCGCUCCCGGCCGCGGGGACCAUGAGGUUCCGCAUCUACAAGCGGAAGGUGCUGGUCCUGACGCUCGUGGUGGCCGCCUGCGGCUUCGUCCUCUGGAGCAGCAAUGGGCGACAGAGGAAGAGCGAGGCCCUCGCCCCGCCGCCGCCGCCGCCGCCGGACGCCGAGCCCGCGCAGGGUGCCGGCGCCCGGCCCGGGGACCCUCCCGCCGCGUCCGUGGGCGUCCGCCGGGGCUCCAACGAGUCGGCGGCUCCGCUGGUCGCGGCGGCCCCGCAGCCCGAGGUGGACAACCUGACGCUGCGGUACCGGGCCCUGGUGUACCAGCUGAACUUUGACCAGACGCUGAGGAACGUGGGCGAGGCCGGCGCCUGGGCCCCCCGAGAGCUGGUGCUGGUGGUCCAGGUGCACAACCGGCCCGAAUACCUCAAACUGCUGCUGGACUCCCUUCGAAAAGCCCAGGGAAUCGACAGCGUCCUCGUCAUCUUUAGCCAUGACUUCUGGUCGACCGAGAUCAAUCAGCUGAUUGCCGGGGUGGAUUUCUGUCCCGUUCUGCAGGUGUUCUUUCCUUUCAGCAUUCAGUUGUACCCCCACGAGUUUCCGGGCACUGACCCCAGAGAUUGCCCCAGAGACGUGGAGAAGAAAGCAGCUUUGCAGAUGGGAUGCAUUAAUGCCGAAUAUCCCGACUCCUUCGGCCAUUAUAGAGAGGCCAAGUUCUCCCAAACCAAACACCACUGGUGGUGGAAGCUGCAUUUUGUAUGGGAGAGGGUCAAAGUCCUUCGAGACUAUGCUGGCCUCAUACUUUUCCUAGAGGAGGAUCACUACUUAGCCCCAGACUUUUACCAUGUCUUCAAAAAGAUGUGGCAGUUAAAGCAGCAAGAGUGUCCUGAGUGUGAUGUUCUCUCCUUGGGGACCUAUACUGCCAUUCGCAGUUUCCACGGCGUUGCUGACAAGGUAGAUGUGAAAACGUGGAAAUCCACAGAGCACAAUAUGGGUCUGGCCUUGACCCGGGAUGCCUAUCAGAAGCUGAUUGAGUGCACAGACACUUUCUGUACUUACGAUGAUUAUAACUGGGACUGGACCCUUCAACAUUUGACUCUAUCUUGUCUUCCAAAAUUCUGGAAAGUGCUGGUUCCUCAAGUUCCUAGGAUUUUUCAUGCUGGAGACUGUGGUAUGCACCACCAAAAAACCUGUAGACCAUCCACCCAGAGUGCCCAAAUUGAGUCGCUCUUAAAUAAUAACAAACAGUACCUGUUUCCAGAAACUCUAACUAUCAGCGAGAAGUUUAUGGCAGCCCUUUCCCCACCUAGGAAAAAUGGAGGGUGGGGAGAUAUUAGGGACCAUGAACUCUGUAAAAGUUAUAGAAGACUGCAGUGAAAAAAAUCACAAUUACAAAGGCAAAAGUAGUGACAGUCUUCUAUUUUUGAUAUUUGUCCAAACAAUAUACAAUUGAAUAAAAGGGUUUAGGAACUGGUUUCUGCUUUAAUACAACAACAAAAUUAUUGUAAAAGGUGUCCAACUAUAGUAUCUUUUCACGUCUGACUGAUUUAAAACACAAGUUUUCAUUUUGAGAAUUAGGUUUUAAAGCUCAAUGUGUAUCUGCUAAAGGUAAUCAUUAUUGUUAAUUGAUGAGAGAAGAGGGGAGAUGUUAUUUAAAUUGCAUCUAUUAAUCUUUUUAUCUGAAACUUUGUACACUUUUCCACUUUCAAGACUUAAGUACAGCAAAAUUUUAUUUAAAAUUGUCGUAUCAGUAAAAAGUAUUACAUGAAAUUGUUAAGAGUAUUAAUGGAACAAGGCUGGCUUCACUCUUGACACAGUUACUAGAAAGGGAUUGCUUCACUGGUUUUAUAAUUUGAAAGUUAUGUUUGCUAAACAUCCUGUCAGAGCAGCGUCAUUUUCAGUAUUAAAAGAUUCCUGUAUUAUUGUGUUAAGAUUUGCCUGUGCUUUGGAACCUUCAUAGAACUCGCUUUCUUUUGGAAUGUAUUUGAUUGAUAAGAGUUUAAAGACAGUUUUCACCUCAAUGUAGAAAUACAGUGGUUUCGUUUCUUUUUCUUCUUUUAGUGCUGCCAAAAUAAAAUCCUCAUUUUUGCA